UUGCGCAUGCGCGUUGAGGCCGCCGGUGCUUGACAGCGCUGGCUGCUUCCCGGUCAUGGCGUCGGCGCCGCUGGAGCACGAGACUCAGAUCUUCCUGGAUCUCUUCCAUCAGGACGGGUUGGUGGUCUGCGCCAGGGGGCUGGGCAUCGACCGCCUCCUCCUGCGCUUCCUCCGCCUCUACUGUGUGCCCAACAACUUGGUCUUGGUUCUGAACACCAGCCCUGCAGAGGAGGAGUUCUUUAUUGACCAAUUGAGGACCUGCGACGUGGCCCAUCUGCCUCGGCGCAUUACAAACGAAAUCCCCAGCAACAGCCGGUAUGAAGCGUACAUGCAAGGAGGCGUCAUAUUUGCCACUAGCCGGAUCCUUGUGGUGGACUUCCUGACAGGCCGAAUUCCUUCUGAUCUCAUCACUGGCAUCCUCGUGUACAAAGCCCACCGAAUCAUUGAGUCAUGCCAAGAGGCCUUUAUCUUGCGGCUCUAUCGGCAGAAGAACAAGCAGGGCUUCAUCAAGGCCUUCUCGGACAAUGCCGUGGCUUUUAGCACCGGGUUUUGCCACGUGGAAAGAGUGAUGAGAAACCUCUUCGUCAGGAAGCUUUACCUGUGGCCAAGGUUCCAUGUUGCGGUGCACUCCUUCUUAGAGCAGCACAAGCCCGAAGUGGUGGAGUUACAUGUGAACAUGACCCCGGCCAUGCGCGCCAUCCAGAGCUCAGUCCUGGACAUCCUGAAUGCUUGUUUGAGAGAACUGAAGCAUUGCAACCCUGCCCUGGAAGUGGAGGACCUGUCGCUGGAAGAUGCCAUUGGCAAGUCUUUUGACAAGACAAUCCGCCACUAUCUGGAUCCGCUUUGGCACCAGCUGGGCACGAAAACCAAAUCGUUGGUCCAAGACUUGAAGAUUCUCCGGACUUUGCUGCAGUAUUUGACUCAGUACGACUGCGUCACCUUUCUGAACCUUCUGGAAUCCUUGAGGGCCUCAGAAAAAGCCUUUGGUCAGAAUUCAGGCUGGCUUUUUCUUGAUUCCAGCACUUCCAUGUUCCUAAACGCUCGGGGCCGAGUUUAUCACUUUCCAGAUAAAAAGGAAAAUAAGAAAAGGAAAACUUCUGGGAAACCAGAUGUCGAGGAAGAAAAAGGGCAGAGAAGGGAAUUGAUCUUGGAGAGCAAUCCGAAGUGGGAAGCCCUGAAAGAGGUGCUCCAGGAGGUUGAGACGGAGAACGCCAACAGUGACGCUCUUGGUGGGCCAGGACGAACACUUAUCUGUGCAGGGGAUGACCGGACAUGUGCUCAGCUGAAAGAAUUCAUCAUUGUUGGGGCUGAGGCUUUUCUGAUGAGACUCUACCACAAGACCUUUGGGAAGGACAAGGAAGCUAGUGAAGCAUUCCUGAAGGAUAGGAAGGCGGCCGAGUAUGAGGGCGCAGAUCUCGGAGAGCCUUGGGCAAAAAGGGCCAAAAAGAAGUCUUCCAGGCCCAAGAAAAGCAAGCAGAAGCGAGAACUGACUCUCACGCAGAUGGUGGGCAAGUGCGAACUGGACGGUGCGGGGGAGCGAGAAUCCCACAAAGAGGCCAGCAGCGGCGAGGAGAGCGGUGGGGAAGCCAGACCCGAAGACUUCCCGCUGGACCUGCCCUCAGAAUCUUGUUACGGGAUCUUGAAGGAGCCGCUGACUGUGAUCCAUCCCUUGAGCGGCUGCAGCGACCCCUAUGCCCUCACACGAGUCUUGCAUGAGGUGGAUCCCAGAUAUGUUGUCCUGUAUGAUGCGGAGCUGACUUUUGUCCGCCAGCUGGAAAUUUACAAGGCCAGCAGGCCCGGGAAGCCUUUGAGGGUUUACUUCCUUAUAUAUGGAGGGUCGACGGAAGAGCAGCGCUAUCUGACCACGCUAAGGAAGGAAAAAGAAGCGUUCGAGAAACUCAUUCGAGAGAAGGCCAGCAUGGUCAUCCCUGAAGAACGAGAAGGACGAGACGAGACGAAUUUGGAUCUAGCAAGGGACGGGACUCCCGCUGCCUUUUCCACCGAUACGCGCAAAGCAGGUGGCCAGGAUCAGAAAAGCGUCCAACACAGCAUCGUGGUGGACAUGCGCGAAUUUCGCAGUGAGCUCCCGUCUCUGAUCCAUCGCCGGGGCAUCGACGUCGACCCCGUGACCCUGGAAGUCGGCGACUACAUCCUCACGCCCGACAUCUGCGUGGAGCGCAAGAGCAUCAGCGACCUGAUCGGCUCCCUCAACAACGGGAGGCUCUACGGCCAGUGUGUCUCCAUGUGCCGCUACUACAAGCGCCCCGUGCUCCUCAUUGAGUUCGACCCCGCCAAAUCCUUCUCCCUCACCUCGCGGGCUUCUCUCCAUCAAGAGAUCUCCAGCAACGAUGUCACUUCCAAACUGGUCCUGCUCACCCUCCACUUCCCCCGCCUCCGGCUCCUCUGGUGCCCUUCCCCUUAUGCCACCGCCGAGCUCUUUGAGGAGCUCAAGCAGAACCGGCUCCAACCCGACCCAGUGGCAGCCGCAGCCAUCACGGCCGAUUCAGAAAGCCUCCCCGAGUCGGACAAGUACAACCCGGGGCCCCAGGACUUCUUGCUCAAAAUGCCGGGGGUGAACGCCAAGAACUGCCAGGCCGUCAUGAAUCGCGUCAGGAGCCUGGCGGAACUCUACACUCUCUCUCAGGAGCAGCUGGCGGAACUGCUGGGCAACGCCGGCGGUGCCAAACAGCUCUACGAAUUCAUUCAUUUGCCAUACACAGAAGCCAUUUCUCAAGGGAAAGCCAAGAGGUGAUGAAGGGCCAUCGGGGCUCCCUGUGAAUCUAAGAGCAAAAAGGACCUUUGGUAACUGCCCUAGUAUCUUUAGGGCUCAUCUAUGUAUUUGGAUAUGGGCAGGGUUUUUUGUUUUAGCAGGAGCUCAUCUGCAUAUUAGGCCACAUGCCCCUGAUGUGGCCGGUCCUCCUGGAGCUUACAGUAGGCCCUGUAAGAAGAGCCCUGUAAGCUCUUGGAGAAUUGGCUACAUUGGGGUGUGUGGCCUGAUAUGCAAAGGAGCUCUUGCUACAAAAAAAGCCCCGGAUGUGGGGAAUGAUUCACUGCAAUCUCCUUGGGAUCGUACUCCGCUCCAGAAUGCAGGUGAGGGUACCUCAUGUUUGAUUUGACAAAAGGCACCUUGCGUGUAGAUAGGUAGCCUAUAAAUUUUUAGCAUACCCUAUGCCUUAAUGUUUUCUCUGUGCAGGGAUUUUUAAAAAAAAAUGCGUAGGGGAACAUUUCAGAUUUCCCAUCUUUCCUCUCCUGCAUUUUAGCUCAGUCCAAGGCACCCUUGGGCUGUGUCUCUUUUCAUAUUUUUGAGAAUUGACUCCACGUGUUGCGUCAUUCUGGGAUGGUUUUGGUGCCUUUUGGCAUGGCCAGCCUAGAAAUUUUCAAAGAAGUGUCCUACAAACAGGGCUUUGUAGCAGGACCUCCUUUGCCUAUUAGGCCAUACCCCCCUAAUGUAGCCAAUCGUCCAAGAGCUUACAAAGCUCUUCUUACAGGGCCUACUGUAAGCUCUUGGAGGAUUGGCUACAUUAGGGUGGGGUGGGCCUAAUAUUCAAAGGAGCUGCUACAAAAAAAGCCCUGCCUACAAGUAUUUACUAAUUGAGAUGAAUAGGUAAAGGAUGCUACGUUAUCAGUUGUAAACUCCUUCGCGCUUCAGGCAUAGAACUGUCACAUCGUGUUCACAAACUGGAGCCUUGAUUUUCCAUGCGGCUGAUUUGUCUGCCCUUCCAGACUAAGGUUCUAGAGAUUAUGUGGGGCAGAAUUAGAAUCUUGGGGAAUGGGGUGUAAUUGCAUUGUUUUCACGGUUGUCUGCUUCUAGCACAUGCCCUAUUUUCAUGGAUCUUUUUAACACAUAUUGUCCAAGGUGAGCCAAUGAAAUGCCUGUGAAUAAACUCAUCGCUGGUGCUCUUU